UACCAAACAAGAUCCACUAAUACAAUCCACACUUUAGAAGGGGAAACAUUAAAGAAGAAACCUGAACAAUUUAAAACAGCGCAAAGUUUACUACAUUUUAGGCAAAACAAAUAAAAAUAAUAGGCUGGUCGAGCUUCCCCGCAAUCCAUAGUUUCAUGUUGCCGUUAUGGACUUUCUGUGGAACUGUGCUGCCAGGCUUACGGCCCAAUCUCACACGGAACGGCUCCUCAAGUCUUAUUACAUAACCACAUGUCAAAAGCUGGCGCGGCACAAUGUCCAGCUGCCCGAGGACAGCUUCGGAUCGGCACGGAUGUGUGCCCGCUGCGGCAACCAGUGGGCGGACGGCCGAUACCAGCUCCAUUUGCAGCCCCAGAGGUUGAAGCCGAGCGCCAAGAACCGGAGGCUCGUGGCUCAGCUGGACACCAUGAAAGCCAAGCAGAUAAAGGGCGAGAUGAGCAGCGGAGCCAGGAAGCGGGCAAAAUGGCUGAAGAAGCGCAUGACCAGCCAAGUGGCCGUCGACUGCGAUGUUUGCCAGCACAAGACAAUGCUGCCCCUGGAAAAGGGCCAUAAGCGGGCCAAACUAAAAGCCAAGGAGGAAACAAUGGCAACCACACAACCCACAGCGGCAGCAGCAUCAACAGUCCAAAACAAAAAGAAGACCAAAAAGUCGAAGAAUACCCAGGUCCAAAAUAAAGAUAUCAAUGCAGGCCUGAAGAUUCCCCAACAGCAGCAAAAAACGCCUCAGCAGCAGCCACCCAAAAGGCCUUCGCAACCGGCUGGAGGAGGAGCUUCCCAGACCCCCAGUCAGACGAGCAAAAAGAAGAAGAUGAAGGCAGCCAAACCGUCGGCACCCACCGUUCAAAAGGCUCAGUCAAAGACAAAAAAGCAAAACGCAUUGCUGCAACUCGCCGCCCAGCUGAAGUCGCACGCGUUUAAAGACGCCAGCAAGUCGCAGGAGAACCGCCUGCAAGCGUUCCUCAAGUAGUCAAUGCAUUUAAGUACAAAGAUUGUGGUUUAGUUGAAUGAAAAUACUUGUUAUGGCACAUAAUUAAGCGUUUGCACAAUACUAGAAUCAGGCUCUUUGUGCCGGUUGAUAAAGCCAGCUAGUCAGCCAGCCCAGGUGGGAACCUGUUAUCCAGCCGAACAGUCUUCUGGGUCGAGUCACGCAACGGCUAUGCACUUACUUAUCACUGCAGCCCGGCUCGACCCAAGGCUGUCCAGAUAUUGCGCAGCCAACCCGGCCAGCAUGCUUAAUUUAUUUCUUGGAGCGCAACGUUUAAUUAAAAUUGAGUUGUUUGCCACAGCGUCCCAUGGACGCGUCCUUCAGAGCAGCUCCCAAAAAGGGCAGCCGAGCGGGGUCUCGGACAGCUCGCUUUAUCUGCCGCACAGCAAAGAGGAGGACACGCACAAGAGAGGAGAAGGCGGAGGGCUUCAGGUCCCAGAUUGCCUUGGUAGCGACUUGGGCUUCCUUCUUUCUGCGAAGACUCAAACUCGGAUUUCUCAGCAGCUGCCGCAACAACAUCUGCCUGCCACAUUAGAAGAUUUCUGGUUUUACAGUUUGUCUUCUGAGGUACAAACCCUUUUGAACCAAUAAAGUUAAGGAAUUGUUUAGGUUUUGAUAUAUUUUAAAAUAAAUAAGCAUAAA